UUUUCUAUAAAAACAUGGCAGCUCGCUGGUGCUUCCAUCACACGGUGUUGAAGGUUGACAGCAAAAUCUUCACAGUACCGAAAAUAUGCUCAGUCUCACUUUACGAGAGGUUUCCGUUGCAUUCAGAGAGGGAAAGAGCUCUCCAACUGAGCUGUGUAGGAAAUGCUUGAACCGCAUCAAGCAGAACCAGCAUUUAAAUGCUUACAUCACAGUGACAGAGGAACUGGGUUUGAAGCAGGCUCAUGAAGCAGAGACGAGACUGCUAAGAGGUACGCCUAAAGGUCCUCUUGAUGGAAUCCCUUUUGCAGUCAAAGACAACUUUUGCACGAAAAAUGUCAAGACCACAUGUGCUUCGAAGAUGCUUAAAGACUACACGCCACCGUACAGCGCUACUGUAGUGCAGAAGCUGUUUGACCAAGGAGCUGUUCUCAUUGGGAAGACCAACAUGGACGAGUUUGCCAUGGGUUCGGGCAGUACUGAUGGGGCAUUUGGGCCAGUGAGGAACCCCUGGAGCUACGCUACCCCCUACUGUGAGCGGACCGGAGCAGUACCGGACUCUGACUGGGUUAUCUCUGGAGGAAGUUCUGGAGGAAGCGCAGCAGCUGUGGCUUCCCUGACCAGUUACCUUGCCUUAGGGUCAGACACAGGUGGUUCCACCCGUAACCCAGGAGCACUGUGUGGGGUUGUGGCUCUGAAGCCAACAUAUGGACUGCUGUCGAGACAUGGUCUUAUACCGCUGGUCAACUCCUUUGACGUUCCAGGCAUUAUGACACGAAGUGCCAGUGAUGCAGCUGUUAUUUUAGGUAUUCUCCAAGGCGUUGACACAAAAGACUCAACAACAGUUCCUGGACCUCCACCAUCAACUGAGCUGCCUGAAAACUUAGAUGUCAAGAACCUCUUCAUUGGCAUUCCAAAGGAGUUCUACCCCCCUGGACUGUCCAAGGAAACUGUUGCACAGUGGAGUCGUGUAGCUGACAUGUUUGAGAACUCUGGUGCUCGGGUGGAGCAAGUGUCCCUUCCGCACAGCCAGUAUUCCACAGUGUGUUACCACGUUUUGUGCUGCGCUGAAGUGGCGUCGAACAUGGCGUGUUUCGAUGGCCUACAGUAUGGCCAUCGUAGCCAAAUGGACAGUUCCACAGAGGCCAUGUAUGCCACAACACGUCAUGAGGGUUUCAAUGAUGUUGUGAGAGGCAGGAUAUUAUCUGGAAACUACUUCUUGCUGAAACAAAACUACGAGCAUUACUUCUUGAAAGCCCAGAAGGUCCGUCGACUGAUUGCAGACGAUUUCAAACGCGUAUUUGACUCGGGUGUUGACGUUCUGCUGACACCCAUCACUCUCUCCGAUGCAAUGCGUUACGACGACUUCACAAAAGAAGACAACCGAACGCGCAGCUCGCAGGAGGAUGUCUUCACCAUUCCCGCCAACAUGGCAGGUCUCCCCGCUGUUUCUGUGCCAACAGCCUUAUCCAGAAAAGGCCUUCCCAUUGGCUUACAACUCAUAGGGCAUCCGUUCCGAGACAAGAAGCUGCUUAGUGUUGCCCAGUGGAUCGAACAAAGGGUUGGGUUUCCCUCCAUCAGUAACUUCAAGGAAUCCAGCAGGCAGCGUUCCAGUUACAAUCACAACUUUGCUGGGGUGCAGAGAGCUCAGGUUUCCAUAUGAUUCAGAUGUAUGCCAUCGUGGGAAGGGAAGUCGAAGAGAGCUUUGAGUAGUCCACUACAGCACAAUUCUUGUCUUGUCCACAUUCCACCAGCAGUCACUACCGAGCUGAAGGAAUGCGACUUCACCAAGGUCAAAAAGUCCCCUUCCUCACCUUCAAAUAUCAAAAACCCAAAGGAGAAACCUCAACACUAUGUGUAAAGGUCGGUAACUGUAGUACCAGGAAUCAAGAGGAAGGAAGGAGGGACCAGACCUAUUCAAUGCACAUCCCAGUAAAGGUUUUUUUUUUUUUUUUUUUUAGAAGAUAAGAUGAGCUGCACAAUGCAGCCAUUGUCAUAAUAUGUGGCUGGGAGGCAAUUCCCACACAGGCCAAAACCAAGGGAGAGAAGGGGGGGUGCGGUGAAUUCAAUGUCUCUCUCUCUUUGGAAGAAGGUCCAAGCAGCAGGUAGAGGCUAGACUGAUCAGUUUGGGAAUUAUUUACCACCUGGAAUUCAAAUAUCGAUCGUUACACGCUCACAGCUUCCAUUGUGUUGUACCAUCGCUAUUUACUGUAUGAGUUGCGUGACUUUGUCAUGAUAGUGACCAACAGAGCUUUUCUUCAUUUAAUGUCAAUUCUCAAAGGUCUUUCAAAAGUUUCACAGGUUUGAGGGGCAAAAUGUUAAUUGGCUCUUAUGAUGAAACAAGCUAAUUUCUUUCUAGUAUGUGGUUGACACUUGUUGGACCAAAGUGGCCAACAUUCAAACAAUUAAGUGGAUACUUUUAAAGAGACAUGCAGGUUCUUCAUAAUAAAACAGUUGAAAAGGUGUCUAAUAACAGGUAACUCAUUCUUUUAUCAAAACAUCACAGCACACUUAUUCAAGUUAAACUGGUUCUAAUAUCUAUUGUUCUGGGGUGUGGUCUAAUGCAAAAACUGUACAGAACAGGUGUUUGUUACCAAGAGAGCCAGCAUGAAAUGAGGAGCAAACUCAGUAUUGUCGCCUAAGCAGUUUUGGUGUUGUAUUAGUGGAUUUCUCAACCUGGGAACCAAGUAAACAGUGUAUAUUGUUCCCUUCAAAAGGAUGAGCAGUUUGAUGAUCGAUUUUGUGGUCG